GCAGUGCUGCCUUCAAGGUUGUCGAGCCUUCCAGCACUGGUCUUGAUAACAAGCUGCUGCAGGAUUAUGUGACGGAGAUGCGGCAAGUUGUGCGGAAGGGUAUUAUCUCUGGAUGCAUCAGCAUUGCCUACCACAAGGGCGAGGUAGUUCUAGCAGACGCGGUGGGCUUGGCAGACGUAGAGCGCGGCAUCCCAUUUUCCUUUGAUACGUACUGCCGCAUGUACUGCGCAACAAAGCCGUUCAUUGCCAUCGCAAUAUUCAGGCUGGCAGAGGAGGGGAGGUUGGACCUGAACGAUCGCCUGGACAAGUACAUCCCUGAAUUUGGGGAAGUUCUAGUCCAGCCGGAAGGUGCGGAUGCACCAGUGCGGCCAAAGCGUCCAAUCUUGUUGAAACAUCUACUUUGUCACUGUUCAGGCAUUGCCUACGCGCCCGAUGUCGGCGAAUCAGUUGAAGAUGAGAGUUCGCGGGCAUACCUUCAGCUGCAGCAAGAUGUGCAGCAGAAGAGAAUCAAGACCCUGGCUGACUUCGCACGAGGUAUUGCCAGAGUUCCACUCUCAGAUCAUCCGGGGAACUCCUACUGGUAUGGAUUUUCCUUCGACGUGCUAGGGCGAGUCUUGGAAGUGGUUGGGAAGAAGAGGUUGGACAAGGUCCUUGCUGAGACCGUUUUUGAGCCCUUGGGUAUGAAGCAUACGAAAUGGGCGGUGCGGCGUGAAGAGCUUCCUAAGCUUGCUGCCUGCUAUGCUCACAAGGCGACAUGGAGAAAGCUCUACGGCCACAUGAAGGGUCGCGUGCCAAGCGCGCAGCGUCCGAGCCUUGUCCGCAUCGACGGCAACAAGGCGCAUGACAGCCAUUGGCUGCAGGGGCAAGAGUGCAGAGUGCAUUCCGGUGGCGGCUUCAUGGGCUAUCUUUAUGGUGGCCUGGUCAGCACAGUUGCCGACACGGCACGAUUUGUCCGCAUGCUCAUGCGAAAGGGGAAACUGGAUAAUGGGCGCAGAUUCCUAACGGCUUCCUCGAUUACAGCCAUGGAAAAAAAUCGCAUGAAAGAAGGUGUUGAUCCUGUCAACUACCUGGGCAACAUUGGAACAUAUAGAAAGAAUGGCACAGAGUAUGGAAUGGGUGGCGCUGCAUGUACAUAUUGGUCCAUAGAUCGGGCAGACGACACUGCCACUCUUUGGUUCACCCAGCAUGUGGACAUGCCUGAAGUUGCCGAUAUGAAAGGUAUCGACACCAAGAAAGCAGACCUCUGGCAUAUGUUGCACAGAGCGGUCGUCAAGGGUUCCAAGCAGACUCCGAAGAGAAGGAGCACGUCCAAACCUGCAAUACCAGCAGCCAAGCGUGCAAGAUCAGAAUGA